GGACUGACAACAAUAACGCCGACAUCUUUCUGUCUUGCAAUGUAGACCGAGUGAACGAAGACUGGUCGUGAGCGAUCAAUCAGUUCUGCGCCGGUGUCGAAUGAACAGAGGAAAAAUGUGAAAAUGUGAGCUGUGAUUGUGAGCGAGCACAGGAUGUCAACGAACGGCCAUACAGACCAGCCGUCGAAGACGCCUGGGAUCUGUGAACGUUUGUGGGGCGGAGUGUUUCUAGUCAUCACCGCCGUGCUAAUAGCCACGCUCUACAGUUACGCGGUGCUGUAUUUGCUGCUGAGCGCACACCUUCUGAGCUUGAUGAUUCUCAUAUUCCUCCUUGUGUUUAUAUUCUUCAUGCUCAUGUGGUCGUACAAGGUCACACAUUCUACACCGACACUACCGAUCCCGCAACGAUUCGAAUUCACCCCGGUCGAAUGGGCCUUUCUGGAAUCCAGAGCCUUCCUGUCAGAAGACACGCGGUAUGAGCUGUGCGCAUGGGCGACUGCGCGCGGGAUCCGAACCAGGGGCUACAAUGGUCAAGUAAACAUAUGCCGGACCUGCCGCAUCAUGAAGCCGGAACGCACUCAUCACUGCAGGAUAUGCAGGAAAUGCAUCCCCAAAAUGGAUCAUCACUGUCCGUUUUUCGGGAACUGUAUCCAUUUUGGCAACUUCAAGGCUUUUCUCCUGACGCUGUUCUAUGCGACCUUGGGGUUUUUGUACAUUAUCGUGGCCACUGCCGUGUGCACUGUGUCCGUGGGAGCAGAGAAGGCGUUCCAAACCUUGAACGAGGACGUAGUUGGACUAGUUGCGUACAUUGCGCUCCUGAUAUUUUCAGUGAUGGCAGAACUCUCGUUAGGGGCCUUUUUCUGGACGUCCUUCCGACACGCUAUGCACAACCACACGACUCUAGAGCACAUCGGUGGCUCGGUCAUCUUCGCGAGCGGAUCAAAAGAAUCCUACGACCUCGGAAGCUUCUGUAAAAAUAUGAAGAAUCAGUUCGGACCCUCUAUCGCUGCGUGGUUCAUACCCAAAUCGACAACACCCGGAGACGGAGUGACUUUCCCGGUACGCUCACAGAUCGAGGAGCUCACCGAAGUAAGACCGGCCAUGUGACGAUAAUUCAUUUGAUUAUAUGUAUAGCGCCAGAGCACUGCGAAAUGAGCACCGCCAUACGGGCGUCAAGUACGGCACAGCCUCUUCGACAGAUUAGAGAUUGACCUUUUGUGGGAUUUACAACAGAGAGCGAACUUUGUCGAGAUCCCGGUCAGCAUACACAGCCAUUCCGAAUCUAUCUCACUGAAAUCAUCAGUUCUUGUGAUUCUUAGUCGAAUGUAAUCAAUUUCUAGGAUUAAAUGGUUAAAUUAAUAAAUGUGAUCAUCUGUGAUUCAUGCUCAGGGAUCGCGAGGUCGCUGCUUGGACAUUUUGCACGGAAAUUCC